AUGAGCAACAACGUCGAUCACGAGCUCGAAGUCGCCGAGGUGGAGGCCAAUGCCCAGCACCAGUCUGAGGACUGGGGUCAGGAGAAGGCUCGACCUUCAGCCGAGGCUGCGCGACCUUCGACCUCAGGAUCCAGCAUGUCGUCGACUGGUUCCAGUAGCUCUGUCGAAUACAACCCGAAUUUUCAUAGGCUGCAAUCGCGGAAUACAGAACUUGACCUGGAGCGUCGACGAUCCGGACUUUCCCAGGCGCUGAGCCGGAUAGAAACCCAGCGGCUUCAGCAUUCCAUGACCGUCGGUGAAAGCGUCAAGUCGCGACCAUCUAAGCUCCCUUUACCACCAUUCGGUGCUGGCAAGCCUUAUCCUCCACAGCUGCCGAGCCGAGAAGAUUAUGUCGUAGAGUUCGAUGGACCGGACGAUCCUCUUUACCCGCAGAAUUGGUCACUGAAAACGAAAAUCUGGAUCAGCGCAAUGCUCGCGUUCACCAGUAUCUGCUCAACAUUUGAUUCUGCCAUUUUCAGUUCCUCCACCAAAGCUGUCGCCAGGGUCUUUGGUGUUGGCAUCGAAGUCUCAACGCUGUCCAGCUCGCUCUAUAUCUGCGGUUAUGCCACUGGGCCUUUGAUCUGGGCUCCUCUAUCUGAAUUGAAGGGUCGUCGCCCGCCAAUUAUCUUUGCCAUGCUCGGAUUUGGUAUCUUCAAUACAGGCGUUGCAGUUGCCAAAGAUUUGCAAACCCUCCUGAUUUGCCGAUUCUUCUGUGGUGUCUUUGGUAGUUCGCCCCUGGCAGUUGUCGCAGCUGUCUUUUCAGACAUUUACAACAACCGCACCCGUGGUAUUGCCAUUGCAUGCUUCUCCAGUACAGUCUUCUUGGGCCCUCUCAUUGCGCCAUUCAUCGGAGGAUUUAUCAACAUGUCUUACUUGGGUUGGCGCUGGACCGCCUAUAUCCCAGCAUUCAUGGGCUAUGCCGCUUUCGUGAUGAACCUGUUCUUCCUCAAGGAGUCCUACCCACCAGUCGUUCUAGUGGACAAGGCCGCAGAAUUGCGCCGCCGCACUAAGAACUGGGGUAUUCACGCCAAGCAGGAAGAAAUCGAAGUCGACCUGCGGGAUUUGGUGAUCAACAACUUUUCUCGUCCGCUGCGACUCUUGAUCAACGAGCCAUUGAUCCUCGCGGUGACCUUCUACCUGAGCUUUAUUUACGGUCUUCUCUACUGUUUCUUGACUGCUUACACCCUCGUGUUCCAACAAGUUCAUGGUAUGAACGCUGGAGUCAGCGGCUUGCCCCUGUUUGGCAUGGUCGUCGGCCUCUUCAUUGCUGCCUCCUACAUCAUCAUCUCCAGCGGAUCUUAUGUCCGCAAGUUGGAUAAAAACGGCGGUAUUCCCGUCCCCGAGUGGCGUCUUCCGCCCGUGAUUAUCGGUGGUGCACUCUUCGCUGCAGGAAUUUUCUGGUUUGGGUGGACCGGAUUCACCAAGAAUAUCCAUUGGAUCGUGCCCACGCUCAGUGGAUUGUUUACUGGAUUCGGUCUCUUGAUCAUCUUCAUCCAGCUAUUCAACUAUCUCAUCGAUACUUAUCUUAUGUUAUAUCAUUCAGUGCCGCUUCCGCUAUCGCCGCAAACACCUUCUGCCGAUCAAUGGUGGCAGCCAGUUUCCUCUCUUUUCUCGCGCCAAAUGUUUGAAAACAUGGGCAUCCAGUGGGCUUCUACAUUGCUCGGCUGUGUCGCCGUCUGUCUAGUCCCCAUCCCCGUGGCAUUCUACUUCUUCGGGAAGAAGUUGAGAAUGAAGAGCAAGUUUGCGCCCUUCUUCGAGCCUGCAUCUGAGUCGCAUGCUGUGGAUAUGGAUGAGGAGAUUACCGAAACCGAGGCAGAGGAACGUGCCUGA